GGGCUUCUCAGCUUCCCGACAUGCGCGGCGGCAUGGCGGCCAGACCCGGAAGUUCCGGGCGGAGUUUGUGCUGCUACUGAGUCGAGUAGCUUGCACAGAAACCGGACAGAUGGCUACGACCCGCCCAGUGCUGUGCCUCUUUGAUGUGGAUGGGACCCUGACGGCCCCGCGGCAGAAAAUUACCAAAGAAAUGGAUGACUUUCUACAAAAAUUGAAGCAGAAGAUCAAAAUUGGAGUGGUAGGCGGCUCAGACUUGGAGAAAGUACAGGAACAACUGGGAAAUGAUGUGGUGCAGAAAUAUAACUAUGUGUUUCCAGAAAAUGGCUUGGUAGCAUUUAAGGAUGGGAAACUCUUAUGUAAACAGAGUAUUCAAGGUCACCUGGGUGAGGCCCUAAUUCAAGAUUUAAUCAACUACUGUCUAAGCUACAUUGCAAAAAUUAAACUCCCGAAGAAAAGGGGCACUUUCAUUGAGUUCCGAAAUGGGAUGCUGAAUGUGUCCCCUGUUGGACGAAGCUGCAGCCAAGAGGAACGCAUUGAGUUCUACGAACUUGAUAAAAAAGAAAACAUAAGACAAAAAUUCGUAGCAGAUCUGCAGAAGGAAUUUGCAGGGAAAGGCCUCACAUUUUCCAUAGGAGGCCAGAUCAGCUUUGAUGUCUUUCCUGAUGGAUGGGACAAGAGAUACUGCCUGCGACAUGUGGAAAAUGACGGUUACAAGACCAUUUACUUCUUUGGAGACAAAACUAUGCCAGGUGGCAAUGACUAUGAGAUCUUCACAGAUCCUCGAACUGUGGGCUACACCGUGACAGCACCCGAGGACACACGCAGGAUUUGUGAAGAGCUCUUCGCUUAAUACAGAAGAGGAAGGGUCCUGGCCAGCAAGCCUGAAAGGUCACUGGGGCAGAGCCAGAGCCCCUGACAUACAUGCACACUACAGGCACCUCUACCCCCAAGCUGACUCUGCACUGUCCAGUCACGCACAGUCUGGACGCCAGCCUCUCAGACAGGGAAUCACCCCACCACCACCACCACCAGCGGCCUGGCCUUCUACCUCCAUUGCCAAAGCAUCCAGAAGGAAGAAAAGCCUUGUCAAGAAUGCCUGGGCUGGAGGAGUACCCAUCUAUGAUGCAAGAGGCUCUAGGUUCAAAAGAAAAAAGACAAAUCAGUGCAGGUGUGGUGCACGUGUAUGAUCCCAGCACACUUGAGGCCGAGGCAGAAACUGUAAGUUGGAGAUGAGCCUCAGCUACAAAGUGAGCUCAAGGCCACCCUGAACUAUGUAGUGAGAGCCUGCCUCAAAAAAGCAAAACAAAUGUUUCAGGAGUAGCAAGAAGACUUUGUCCUGUAGCCCCCAGUCUGAGUUCUGCCUGAUAUCUGCACUGGGAUUACACGUGACUUUUUUGAAACUGCCCAGUCAUUCCAGAACAAUACAGAACAGAUGUGCCUGGGCCUCUCUGUGAGUCUUGUGAAAAUUUAACAGUGGUUAAUGUCCAGCUCUCUGUGUUGUCAGCACCAAAAGGGAAUCUGAUGACAAAGAAGAGCCGCCAUCCUCAGUCACUUGCUCCCGGUAUUAAACGCUAUUCCACCCCCAGCCCAAGUCUGAAUGGAGGCUGGGAUCAUGAGCAUGGGUGGUAUUAGGCCAAAUGACUGGGUAGUGUUUCCCUGUUUGUGAGCCAUAGACCUCAGGUUGGCCUGCCUGACAGGUGGCUGACCAAGUGACAACUGACCCUAUGGAGUUGCACCUUGGCUGCCCUGGAAGUCAGGGCAGCUCUACAGUCACCACAGUGAACAGCCUGGUUUCUUUCCUAUAGCCAGCCACCAAUCCUGGAGGACACAAGACCCAUCACCCUUUCCCACGGAAGCUGGAUGGGAGGGUAGGAGUCACCAGGAGCACUGAGGCAAUGGUUUAAGAGCAGCACCUGCACACUGGGCUGUCCGCACUGUCCAGGUGCUAGUCCAGACCUGGAUUUCAGGAGUGAGAGCUCCCACUGCCCUCUACCUCCCCCCUGUCCUUUUCAGGGACCUGGCUGGGAGAUUCCUGAGAACGGUUCAUGGGACACUGCAGUAACUAAAAACAAUGGCACUCACAACCCCUCCAACAGGUUGGUGCUGGGGCUUAGGGACCACCAGGUACUCCCCACAGAUGAGCUUGCCAGCCCCUGCCACUCAGCUGUUCAACCUCAAUGAGGAGUUCAGCAUCAAUGAGGCAUAAGCCUGAAGUAACCCACACCUGCCCCCUCACCCUCUUGUGGGUCUUGGGAUUUCCUAGAGCUGGCCACUCUGUGGCCUUUAUCUCGUAUGCUGGUUGAGUUUUGCAAAUGGUACUGUAACAGAUGAAGUCCGGUACAUUAAAGCAACUUUGAUUGCUCCUUC